CCUAUGAGUAUGACCACCACUGACAUGACCAUGGGCAAGAUCAUCUUUUUCGAGGAGAGGAACUUCCAGGGCCGCUCCUAUGAGUGCAUGAGCGACUGUGCCGACAUGUCCUCCUUCCUGACCAGGUGCCAGUCCUGCAGGGUGGAGAGCGGCUGCUUCAUGGUCUACGACCGUCCCAACUUCGUGGGAAACCAGGUUUUCAUGCGGAGGGGCGAGUACGCCGACUACAUGAGCAUGAUGGGAAUGAGCAGUGGUAUCAGGUCUUGCCGUAUGAUCCCCAUGCAUAGAGGCCAGUUCAAGCUGAGGAUCUACGAGAAGGAGAACCUGACUGGUCAGAUGUCUGAGCUGGUGGAAGACUGCGACAACAUCCUGGACCGCCUGCGCAUGUCCGAGUGCCUGUCCUCCCAGGUGAUUGAAGGCCACUGGCUGCUGUUCGAGCAGCCCCACUUCAGAGGCAGGAUGCUGUACCUGAGGCCCGGAGAGCACAGGAGCUUCAGGGACCUGGGCAUGGGAAGCAUCAGGUUCAUGAGCAUGAAGCGUAUCGUGGACAUGUGCUAG